AUGGCAACGCGUGGCCCCUGCCUCGGUCGUGGGGAGAGUGGAAGUGACGGCGGCGAUCUGAGACGCUCUCCGUCCAGGAGACGCUCGCCAUCCUCCAUCUACAGGAGACGCUCUCCGUCCAAGAGACGCUCUCCGUCCUCCAUCUACAGGAGACGCUCUCCGUCCUCCAUCUACAGGAGACGCUCUCCGUCCUCCAUCUACAGGAGACGCUCUCCGUCCAGGAGACGCUCUCCGUCCAGGAGACGCUCUCCGUCCAGGAGACGCUCUCCGUCCUCCAUCUACAGGAGACGCUCUACGUCCUCCAUCUACAGGAGACGCUCUCCGUCCUCCAUCUACAGGAGACGCUCUCCGUCCUCCAUCUACAGGAGACGCUCUCCGUCCUCCAUCUACAGGAGACGCUCUCCGUCCAGGAGACGCUCUCCGUCCAGGAGACGCUCUCCGUCCUCCAUCUACAGGAGACGCUCUACGUCCUCCAUCUACAGGAGACGCUCUACGUCCUCCAUCUACAGGAGACGCUCUACGUCCUCCAUCUACAGGAGACGCUCUACGUCCUCCAUCUACAGGAGACGCUCGCCGUCCUCCAUCUACAGGAGACGCUCGCCGUCCUCCAUCUACAGGAGACGCUCUCCGUCCUCCAUCUACAGGAGACGCUCUCCGUCCAGGAGACGCUCUCCGUCCUCCACCUACAGGAGACGCUCUCCGUCCAGGAGACGCUCUCCGUCCUCCAUCUACAGGAGACGCUCUCCGUCCAGGAGACGCUCGCCUUCCUCCAUCUACAGGAGACGCUCUCCGUCCAGGAGACGCUCUCCGUCCUCCACCUACAGGAGACGCUCUCCGUCCAGGAGACGCUCUCCGUCCUCCAUCUACAGGAGACGCUCGCCGUCCUCCAUCUACAGGAGACGCUCUCCGUCCUCCAUCUACAGGAGACGCUCUCCGUCCAGGAGACGCUCUCCGUCCUCCAUCUACAGGAGACGCUCUCCGUCCUCCAUCUACAGGAGACGCUCGCCGUCCUCUAUCUACAGGAGACGCUCGUCGUCCUCCAUCUACAGGAGGCCAUGUUCCUGA